CCUUUUGAUGACGUAAUUAAAAGGGGACGGAGGGAGGGCGGUUUGAAAGGAGAAACUUCAAAUUUAUCAACAUGUUUUAAAUGAACUACCUGAUCAGACCAUAGACUGUGAACGAGGAUCAGACCGACGUGGCAGUUCUCUGUCAGUGACAUGUUCAGUGUCCGCUCUUUUGUUGUUUCUUCACAGUACUCAGCUGAUGCUCAGUGUAGGCUAGCCACGUUAGCUAGCUAGCUGCUGCUGCCUGUGGGACCGCGGCUGUUGAAGGAGUUUCUCUGCUUCAUCCCGAAACCGCUGCGUGUCCGUAACUAGAACCCGCGAAGAUGGCGAGUGUGCACGAAAGUCUGUAUUUCAACCCCAUGAUGACGAACGGAGUGGUGCACGCCAACGUGUUCGGCAUCAAAGACUGGGUGACUCCGUAUAAGAUCUCCGUGCUGGCGCUGCUGUACGAGAUGACCGCAUCGAAGAUCACGCUGCCGGAGAGAAGACGACUGAACAAGCUGAUUCUGCCCCUGCAGCAGGGUCCAGACCUGACUCUGGGUCAGUUCCUGCAGACGGUGGAGGAGUGCUGUCCUCAGACUGCUUAUGCUGUCAAACUCAGGCUGCAUGAAAUGGCAGAUGGUGAGCUGAAAGACAUGGAGUACUUUUUCUCCACUCUCCCCACUCCAUUCACUGCUUUUGAUUCCGAGGCUUAUAAAACCAGUGUUGUGGGACUUUUUAUGAGACACAUGCUCCUGGCCUACAACAAGCUGUCCUUCAGUCAGGUCUACAAACUCUACAAGUCCCUGCAGCACUACUACCACAGUCAUUACGCCAAGCCUAAUGAUGGGCAGAUUGGUUUGCCAGCGCUGGUCGCCGACGACUCAGAUAUGGACCUUACCAGCACCGAAGAUACUGUAGGAGACAGAAUAGGCAGAGACGAGAUGGACACCCCACUGCACGCGUCAGAGCUCCGAAAUGAUAAUGCUCCAAGCAGAGGUCCCCUGUCACAAAAACAAGCCGAGUAUUUUCUGGCACGACAGGCGUAUCUUCUGAAGAAUGAUGAGAACAAGGCUCUGAGGCCUGCUGCGCUGCAGGAAGAGCUCAACAACAUGCUGAAGUUUAACCCAGACUUUGCUGAGGCGCAUUAUCUGAACUACUUGAACAGCAUGAGAGUCCAGGACAUCUUCCUCUCCGCCCACAGUCUGCUUCAUUAUUUUGAUCGCCUCAUCUUGGCCGGUAAUGAGGGGAAGAGCAACGGGGAUGAGGGCUAUGGUCGAAGUCUGCGCUAUGCUGCUCUUAACUUGGCGAGCCUGCACUGUCGCUUUGGUCACUAUCAGCAGGCGGAUCUGGCUCUGCAGGAGGCCAUCCGUAUUGCCCAGGAGUCCAAUGACCACGUGUGCUUGCAGCACUGUCUGAGUUGGCUCUACACCCUGGAACAGAUGAAGGGAUCCGACAGCACUGUGUUGACUGAGGAUUCAGUGAAAAUGGCUGCCCAUUUCUGCCUGCCAUACUUGGCUUCUCUGGGCAUUCAGUCGUUGUUCCAGCAGGGGGCGACACAGGGUAAGACGGCACACAAACUGAUGGACGCACUGAAGGACACGGACAUCCUGCACUGGAAGCACAGUCUGUCGGAGCUGAUCGAGAUCAGCCUGGCCCAGACUACGUCCAUAUGGAGGAUGUAUGGCAAGAGCACCAUGGCUCUGCAGCAGGCCCAGCUGCUUCUCAACAUGAGCAGUCUGGAGCCAGUCAACUUCGGGGUCCAGCAGAACAACACAGAGGCCUUCACCGUGGCUCUUUGCCACCUGGCUGAGCUGCACGCUGAGCAGGGCCUGUACUUCGCCGUUUCAGAGAUUCUCCAGCAUCUGAAAGAACAGUUUCCUCCUCACUCACUGCAUGCAAAGCUCUGGAUGCUGUGUGACCUUAAAAUCCAGUUUGAGAGACACAUGAACGAAGGAAAGUACCACUUAGCGGAGCCACUCGUCGCAGCCAUCUCUGCCUUAAACAGGACAGAGGGUCUCUACAGGAAAGCUCAUGUCCUGAAGGCUCUUAACCGCAGCACAGAGGCGUACAGCAUCUUACAGAGACUACAGCUCCACUGUGAGAAGACUAAAUGCACAGAGAUGGUCAUCAGAGUAAUGCUCGCCACAGCUGAGCUCCACUGGGAGUCAUCUGGCUUCUCCACAGCUCUUCCUCUCCUCCUGCAGGCACUGGCCUUAGCUAGACAGCACCACCUACAGUCACUGGCCUCAGAGACCAUCCUUCACUUGGCCUUUUCUCAGUUGAUGCUGGGGGUCCCUGAGCAGGCUCUGAAUGUCCUUCAUGAAGCCCUUGAGCCUGUUCUGGCCCACGGAGCGGUCAUAGAUAAAGGUCGAGCCCUGCUGUUGACAGCCCGCUGUCAGAUGGCGGUGGCUGGGUUCAGGCCAAACAGACAAGGGCAAGCAGAUUCGAAUUUGGCAGUCUUGGCUGUUGACACGCUGAACGAGGCCGCGGCUUAUUUUUCCAAGCUGAGCUGUAAGGAGCGGCUGCGGGACGUCCACUACCUGCAGUCUCAGCUCCACCGAUCCCUGGGACAAAUCUCACAGUGCAACAAAAGUGCCAUGCUCUUCAGGCUGCUUGACCAGGAGCUGCAGUCACCAGCACCACCGGUCUCCAUGCGACUCUAACUGCUUAUUAUUUACGGACAAAAAUGUUUUGGGUUUUUUUUUGGGGGGCUGCUGAAAAAGAGAGACCACCUCCUCCAACUGCUGCGUCGAGUAGCCUCAGUUCACCACUAGAUGGUAGAGAAACUCUGUCCUGCUCUAUCAGCUCUCAAACACUUCCUUUAUAAUUUCAUCGAGAUGCUGGGAACAGUGGAAUUCUUGAUAGUAAAUAAACAGGACAGUGUCAGUUGUCAUAAA